AAUAAAAAAGUUCAUUUUUUCUGACACCUCCCCACGAAAAAAGGGUUUCCGGUGGUGAAACGUCACCGAACCGAAUUGGCUACGACCAAUCAAAAGCCCUAAUCACGCGUGACCACCCCAUAAAACCAGUUGUGCAAAAUAGACACAACUGAUUAGAAUUUUUUUUUAUCAGAAAAUGUGUUCAAAGAGUUGUUAAAAGUGUUACUUGAUGAACUUAAUGCGUUGAUUUAAAGUUUAAAAGUAAAAAGUUCGGUUAAUAUGUCGUUGGUAUCAGUAGUAAAAGAAAGUACAGUCCGAGAAAUGUACUGCUUCACUAGAAAACAUCACUUGCCAAAAGAUAGAAUAAGAGCCAUGAGUGUGCCGAUGCGGGAGGAAUAUAAUACUCCAUUUGAGUAUUCAGCUGUACCGAAAAAAUAGUUCGUGUUUUUUAGCAGCAGCGAAAGUUUUUGCGAUUGAAAUACGGUCUACGACGAAAACAAAUUCAGAAACUAUGUCAUAUUUUCAAGCGAUUUGCGCAAAAUGCAACAAACCGCUGUUCCCUGUAGAACACCAUAAUCAGCUACACAUAACAACCUGCCACCAUGUGUAUCAUCAGCGAUGCGUAACUAGCAUGUUGACAGAAACGCCAAAUCGAAACCCGCGAAUCGCACGUUGCGCUAUAACCAGCUGUAAGCGUUUUCUAGCGGCUCAAGAUUUUAAAAGGAUCGAUUUCCUGUACGUUACUGAGGAGAUACUGCCGCAGCAACCGCCUCCACCUCCACCACCGACUAACCGAGGUGAAGUCAACAUGCUACACGAUCUCAACCGUCAACUGGAGGAUACGAUUGUUUCAAUGACUGAAGAAAUGCGCCAUUUGAAAAUUCGAUUAUUUAAUGCUGAAAGAGAAAUCGAUAGUGCGAAUGAUCGAUACCAAAACCUCCUCAGUCAUCAAAUCAAUCGACUACAAUCGACUGACCAACGGAAUCCGGCAACCUUUUUUCGAUCACCACACCUCCACCCUCCACCUGGAGCAGGUCCCAGCCAAAUGAAUAUUCUUCGAAUGCCCAUCCGACAGACCUUCCAUUUUGACCGAGACAACGUCCCAAUCAGCUAUAUAGAAUCGCCGAAUCAAUUUAAAACUCCACCUCCACCCCCCCAGCAGCCAACUUAUCGCGAUAAUUCAUCUCAACGCGACGCGAACUACGAUUCAGAUUCAAAGCGAAAAAGAGAAAGUACAUCUUCGGAAGAAUGCAGUGGUGACAGGCAAACUCCACCCGCCCCCCGACGGUCAAAGAAGAAAAAAUCGAAUAAACCACCGCAAGAACCGCCGAAGAAAAUUAAAGGGACGCCUGGUAACAAAGGCAACUACCACAAUCGCUACCGCAAGCGAUGGGGAACCGAUUCAUCGGAAUUACUACCCUAUUACCCCUUUAAUUCGUACCCUUUCGAUUUCACUGCUGCUGGAUAUCAAAUCGGCGAAAAUCAAUUCCUUGGAGCUUGGUACGCGUUCAAUAUUCUACUUAUCGGUGACGGACACAUGGCAAAACUGGCUGAAUUCCUUGGAAAAGGGAAAAAAUACGACAAAUUUCGAGAUCACGACUUAUAUCGAAGAAAUCUGCUACUCGAAGAUUUAAUUGCGUACCUCAGGGAAUUCGAAUGUCUUCCUUCAAGAAUCAUGGUGUCGAUUGGUAAUUUUGAUGCGCACGAGCACACGCCUUAUGACAAAUUCGACAAACAAAUGAACGAGUUAUGCACCCUAAUUAAUGAAAAAUUCCACGUAAGGGAGCUCAUCCUCGUACCACUCCUUCCCCUGCCCGCUCGCUCAAACCAUCGACAUUCCCGUGAGAAUAUUGAACGCGCAUUAGAUCAAAACUGGGGAGCUGAAUUUGGCGCGGUUACUACUCGAAUUGACCAUCUAUUCGAAGAAAUACAUGCAGGUCACGCGUAUUACGACGAAUUUGGACCAUAUUAUAAACUUGACGACUACAAAGCUCUGGCAGAACGAAUUGCAGCGCAAUUUAUUCCACCCCUGCAACCCCGUCCCUCUGCCCUCGCAGCGCAGGCCGCAGCUGAAGCCGCAGAGAACGCCGGUGAAAACCAGCAAGAACAGGUAGCAGGAGUUGAACGAAUGGAAGAAGAUGAACCCUGCGCUCCUACCUCCGCCUGCAACACAGCCGACAGCGCCGUAAAUACAUCUUCAGGCAACCCGUCGAGCACAGCAUCACCGAAAAAGAUUUUCUCAUCUCAACAAGUUGGCAAUGCGAUUAUUACUGCGGUGAUUUCAAGUAAAACCAACGAAGCAGAAAGGAAGCGUCAGGAAUUCUUUGCAAACCGCCAACUGCAAAUACAGAAGGAAGCUGCGAUCGAGAAGGAAGAAAAUAAACAAUUAAAAUUGCACGCUGAUAACAUCGAAGCCUUUGUCGAUUUUGUCAACAAAGGAGAGGUCAAUGACAUAUACUUGCAAACACAAGUCUUCGAUAAACUUUGCAAAAAACAACUUGCAAAAACUUCUCGAUCUAACUGUUCCACUCCUCGAACAUCUUCACCCAUUCCUGAUGUGUCUAAUUUGUCAGUAGAUUCGCCUAAUAAGUCUUCUUUUGUUCAGCCUCAAGCGCAAGAAUCGCCUGAUACUUCUCAAGCGGAUGCUUCAGAAAACAUAUCAGAGCCCAGUACGGUCUCGACAUGGUUAGAAUCGAUCAACGAAGGCGAUGAAUUCGACGAAGCGAUCAAUAAUGUUGUCGAUCAAAUCGAAAAUGCAUCGAAUAAUCCUCAAAUUGAGCCCAAUGACGAUAAAAAGCCUGACGAUAACGAUAAAAAAGCUGAUGAUCCAGGCCAAGAUGAGCAGUAAUCUCUCGACUGAUCCGGAGUCAUCAACUAAAAAUUGUAUUGUAUCAGUUCAUUAUUUUUUUUUAAUUUGAAAUUAAUUUAGCUUAAUUAUAUUAGUUUAUUUUUUCUAAUUUUUGAAAAAUUUAGGUGAUAUGUCUUUUUAUUUUUUAGUUUAACUAAUUGUUAUGCCAAAGAAUGUGUAUUUGUAUUUAUUUUUUGACCUUUAUACAGGAAUAUUUUUGUGUUUGUCGUAAUAAUUUUUUAUGUUUUCAAUAAAACAGCAGAAGAUGUUCAGAAGAAA